GGGUUAUAUUUUGUUCUGUUCCCACCCAAAACUGAUGAGAUUUCUUCAGAAGACAUGAUAUUGAAAUCACUAGAGUCUUAUGAACCCUAUUCACACCUGGUAUUAAGAUUCAUUUCGGGUGAUCAAAGUGGUCAGUGCUAAACACAGGUCUAAACGGGGUCUAAAACAUUUGUGAUCUGAUCACAAAAACAACUAACAAAGAUGGUCAAAAAUGCAUGUGACCACAUCGGAUUUUAGAUGUAAACACUAAUCCGCCCUGUGUGUGUCCCGGACAGCAGUGAAGCACCACUCCUCACCUGUCAAUCAACCGCUGUGCUAAUACAAAAGUUUAAACUUUGCCGGUUACGAGCGGCUUCAAAAGGAAAUGACCAUUUCUAAAAACAGCUACAUACACUAGCACCAGAACAUGAUGGAUCUUCUUCAGUGUGUCUGAAACCGUGCUGGUGCUAGCCUUUUGGGGACCCUAAACAAAACUCUGUGUGGGGGGCCCCGUCAGUAUGUUCAUAACACUACUUAUAAAGUCUUUUUUGACUGAUGUAUGUCAUCAUGAAAUCAGAGAUCCCCCUCCAAAUCCGAACACAAGUGGUCACAGGGGAUGCAUUUAAGCAACCAGGUGUAAACAGCCAUGUGACUUACCUGACCACAUGUGAUCAGAUCACUCAAGACACAUCUUAAUACCAGGUGUAAACGGGGUCAUGGAUUACUUUUAUGCUUCAAAGUUUUGGCCUCCAUUCACUUGCAUUGUAUGGACCUACAGAGCUAAGAUAUUCUGAAGUUCUUUGUGUUCAGUCAUAUAUCUGGGAUGGCAUGAGGGGGAGUAAAUGAUGAGAAAAUUUACAUUUUGGGGUGAACUAACCCUUUAAAAACGCGUCUCGGGACACGCGUUAUGUACAAUUCGUGGCGCUGCGUCUAGCUUUUUGUUUAGCGCAAAUUAGGAUCUUAUAAAACAUUUAAGUAGCAAGAACCAAUGCUGCACUAUUAACACAAAAACAGCUGAGGUCCAGCUUCCCCAACAUGACAUACCAUUUGUUAAACACCAGAUGUCAGCAAAGAAAUGGCUACACUAGCCUACUGACAACGUAGUGGACAAGUCAGUGAUAAGAAAAAAUAAGACUUUAGGAGAGUCUGUGACGACACAUAUGCUGUCUGGCGUCUAAAAUGGACGGAAUAUGUGAAUAACUGUCUCAUUUUCUUUAUAAGUGUUGAAAUGUCCAUAUUAUGUGUGGUGCAGAACUGAACGAGUCCCACAUGAAACACAAGCGGAGGAUGUUGCAGACCGCUCCACCCCUCCCCACCGAGCCUGUGUCGAGACCCGCUCCAUCAGAAAUCGUUCGUGCUCCGUCAAAUAAAUAAAUAAAAACAUCCGGCCUCUUCUGAACACACCCAACCCUCAGACGGAACACACCUGGGGAGAGGACUUAAAAGGGAACGUGAGGAUUUAAUUCGACUUGACACGUUUCAGCAGUGAACACUCAUGUUUCAACGGGCUGCGGUGUAUGGAAAUAUUGGGAUGACUUGUGCGGGUUGGAAAAUAGUCACGGAGGACGAAAUAUUUGCAUGCCCUUGUUCACAGCAGUACUGCUCGUCGACUAAACUCAUCAAGAAACCUUUAUGGCGAAUGUAGAGAGAAUGCUGAGGAACUGUACUCUCUUAACACGGCCAGUCAACGACUGAAACACAAAUACGGGCGUAAAACCCAACCUGCUCCUGCAAGAUCGUGCUGUAAUUUUAUGUUGAACGGGACUGUCAGAGUUUUUGAAGGUUUACGGGACUGUUGUUCCUAAUUUGCGGUCAUGCCGCAGGCAUCAUCUGAUCUCUUCCCUACUUGAGGGGAUUGAGGAUUACUGGAGUUUUCCCACAAAAAUAGAUACAUAGGGUAAUGGAGAUUUGACCUAAUUGGGCUGGGAUGCUAGUUGUUGCAUAGUUUACAUAAUAUACACAUUAUUUUAUUAUACAACUAAAUACGCAUCCGGAACCGAUAGUUUCUAAAAGUAAGCUAAACAAUGUGCGUGACAUGCGUCAGGCGCGAGUGAUGUAAAAUGUAAAUGUUGGACGCUAAUUCUCCAGGAAAUUGAGUGAGCACUUUGUUACAGAUUUUGUUAGCAAAUUCAGACGUUUACUAAAAUUUCGCACAGUGCAAGUGUUUAUUAAUUUAUUUCAUAAAUGCAUAUUCAUCUAGAUGUAAGUUUAUUGUCUGUAUCAGCUGUGAGAUGACAGGUGUAAGGUGAGCACAUAAUUGUCGCGAAAUUACACUUUCAGGGGCCGUUCGCCCUGAACGCGCUUUCGCAUCCUUUCGCGCUGUUUUACAUUGUUUUACUAUAUAAACAAGCACUAGAAGAACGUCUUUAGCGUUGCUUUGCGUCAGAGUCACGCGCAGGAGCGCCGCGUUUUCAGACACCGUGUCAAGUUCAAAAGAACGUCAAUUGUUAAAACACGUCAGGAGACACCUGCGAUCUGUUAUAUACCUUUAGCUGUGCAGAGCUUUACGGUCCGAACGCCCACAACGUAAACACAGUUUGUCACAAGCAAACUUUACAGGAGCGAUAACGCGUCAACACAAAUGUAAUCUCAUAUGCAACGUAAAAGACUUCAAAAAGUUGUCUCCGUUUGCUGUUCUUAUUAAUGUGAACGCAUUUUGAAAGUAUGCCCAGUCGGGAGGCUCUUUGAGCUUCUAUAACCAAAUAUGGGAGCGAAGCAGACGAAGGCCGCGGGACAGGAGGCUGGAGCGAGUCCUCCGAGCGCAGGAUGGAAACGGACACCCACGAAAGAGCGGGGCGACAUCCUCACCUCGUUAAUGUUGAAGUCAGGGGAUAAACUGAGGAGCAGCGGGGCUCCUCCACCUUACCAGCGACGCAUCGGGAUGAUACAAGAGAUGAUGCUGAUGGCAAAGCAGGGGAAACACGACGAGGCGACAGAGAUCCUGAAAACUCUCCGGCAGGAUCUGGGAAUGGAGUCAACCUCUCUGGACGAUGUUCUGUACCGAUAUGCCAGUUUCCGCAACCUGGUGGAUCCCAUUACGCAUGACCUCAUAAUUAGCCUGGCCAAAUAUGUUCAAUGCCCAAAGACGGAGGGGGACGCUCUGGGUGCCAUGGAGAAGGUGUGCCGUCAGCUGACCUACCACCUGAGCCCACACUCACAGUGGAGACGGCAGGGGCUACUGAAGAGGAAGCCGCAGGCCUGUCUGAAAUCUGUUCUUUCAGGCCCUCCAUCCAGUGGGACAUUAGACCUCUCUGGCAUCCCUCUUGGCGUAAAAGACAUGGAACGACUCUGUGCCUAUCUGCAUCACCAAGCAUCCCACAUUUGUAGCAUGGAGUUGGGCUUUACUGAGCUCACAGACGAUGCCUUCCUUCUGCUCCUCCCUACACUGACGUCCCUUCCCCGCCUCGAGACUCUGGCCCUCAAUGGCAACAGACUGACCCGUGCGGUGCUCAGAGAGCUCACAGACACGCUGAAGGACCCAGACAGCUUUCCCAGCAUCACUUGGAUUGACCUGGGGAACAACGUGGACAUCUUCUCCCUCCCACAGUCUUUCCUGGUGAGCCUGCGCAAACGUUGUCCCAAAAAGGGCAACCUACCCACCAUCCUUGAGUUUGGAGAGAGCCAGGCCAGUGAGCCAGAGGGCCGAAUGGAUGAGGACGAUGCAGAUGAUACGAACAGGACAGAGAGCCUGGGAGAGCUCAGGUCUGAGGUGGAGGAAGAGACUGAUGGUGAGAUGGAGAUCGAAGACAUGAUGGAGGAGUUGCUAGACUUUGACAGGGAGGUGCAGGGUAAGGACGAGGACGACAGUAUGUGGACCUUGGAGGAGCAAAGGUUGGUGAAAGAUCCAACCAUUAAACGGAGCAGAGAGAAGAAACCAUCUAAAGCAGAGGGCGAAGAGGACUUACAUAGUCAAUCUUCCAACCUGUCUUGCUCCAGCCAGUCUCAGCACUCUUCUGGGGCCAUUGAGCCAUUGAGAGAGGACUCUGUCCCAGACCAGUUAGCAGGUCAUUCAGACAACCCUACCUGAUCAAAUCCACUGUCUAAUUUGAUUAGACAUUGCAACCUUUAGGCCCUUUAGGAAAAAGAGAAAGGAAGCACCUGCCAGGCUGUCGAACAUUCUCAGUUUGGUGCCAAAACUGAGAGAGGAAUGUUCAUGUAGUCAUGAAAUUCAACAGGAUUCAUAGGGUUGACAAUCACUGAAACUAAAAUGUAUGCGUAAUUGAAUAAGAUAUCACAGUUGUGUUGCUAUUGUUAAUGACUGUCUAUUGUUGCAAAGGAAGAACAUGAAAUGUACACAACUACAAGAAUAUACACAGAUUACAUAUUAUUUAUUAGAUACUAUUUCAAACUCUGCUUUAAGUUUUGUAGUCAGGGUUUCCCCCUCACUUUCAUAACCAUAAACCUCUGCCUAUGUGCCUGUUCACCACCCGGCUGGAGAGGCGUGUGUGUAGGCGUGCAUUUUGGUGUUUUUCAUUGCUUGCGAGAGACAGAUUUGUGCAGGAAAUCAAAAACUCAUCAGUGGAUUGGGCACCUCCAGAUCUUAUAUUAAACUAUGUGUCCAUUUAUGCCUCUAACUGUUGCAAGCACCAUGUUCUCUCCAGCAGUAGCAAAUCUACAUUUUAUUCAGUACUGUCCAAUGAAUAUGCAUGUCCCAAGUGUCAGAUGGAUGGGACACAGAUGAGAUUAUAUUAAGUGCCCCUGAUUUUAACAGUGGAAAACCAAAACCUCUUGUCACAGUAUUGCCCCAAAAAUAAUUUCUUUGUGUGAUAAAGAGCAGUGCUUUAAAAGGGACUGAAGCCAAAGAGAAAAGACUGCCUCCACAUAUCAAGGUGUCGUAUAAAAUGCUGAUAGUCUGUUGUUCUGCUUGACAUGAAUAUUGAAGAGAAUGCUUGAUGUGGAUUUUGAUGAGUUGGUUUUUCAGCUCUGUUCUUUAACAUAGAUCUUUAAAUCACUAAAAUGGCAUUAAUGUUGGAUUUUAAUUAUGCAUUGAUAAUUAAAGAUUAAGAUAUUUCAUAAUAUAAACGUCUAGUGCCUAAAUAUCUAAAUACAAUUGCAUUAGUCAAAAGUAGUUCUAAUAAGCCUGUAUGUAAUUUCAGUAAAUGUAUAAAAGUUUAAAUGACAAUGCAUAUUGAUUAGAUAGUAUUUGUCAAGGUAGAAAACAAAUAUUUAAUUUCAGUAUAUAAAUCCUAAUUGAGAAUUGUCCUCAACUUUUUCCAUUUAUACUAUACUUUGUAUAAUAUCUUUUGAUCUUACAUGCAAAAUGUUCCUCAGUGUUUUUCUAAAGGUGAAUUCAGCUCCCUUCUUUAAAUGAUGGUUUAUAACAUGGGUAUGAAUUACUUUUCAUAAUUGAGGGAAGACUCUUGUAGUGAAGUUAACCAACCUACUUUGGAUAUCAGAGAUGGUCAUGACAUCAUUUUGUUUCCUUUGUUUUUUAGAGCCAGUUGUGUUCCUAUGGUCGCCAGGUAGCCUCAAAGUAUCCUGCUCUGUUUCAAAGUCAUAACUUUUAGAUCGCCAAUAUAGAAAGGAAAAUAACUGUAUUGAAAAUUGCUCUUAAGAACUGUGAGCAGUAAAAAAAAAAGUAGCCUACAAUUUGCUUUUUGUCAGUAUUUCUGUCCUGUAUUCCUAUGGUUAAUGAAGCGAGGAGGAUCCACAAUUCAACUGUUUUCAAUUUCCGGUCUCCGGUGUUUUCACUCGCAUCGGUGUAUAUUCUUAGCGGGUAAUGUAAUGUUUAAGGUAUUACAUUUGUAAAAUGGUUCAAAAUACAUGCUGAUACUUCACAGAGUCGAGAUGACCGUUUUGUUAUAGACAGUGCCUCACCUGAGUGUGUAGAUGACAUGAAGAGAUGAUCCGAGGUGAGUUACAUUGAUAUAAUUAAUUAUUCUGAGCUGUUAUGACAGCUAACAAUGGCACAAUUUGAGCCUGAAAUUAAUUUUUACUCCAAGUAACACUUAAGUGGUUGUUCUCCUCUGGAUCUUUCCUUUUGGCAGUUUUUACUUGUGGUCUGGAGACAAGAAAUGCAAAACAGGCCAUUAGAAUCAUCAUGGCGCCGUCCAGUGGUUGCUCAGGAAUACUGGAUAUGUGAAUAUCAUCACUGUAAACACAGUGUAUUGACUGUUGGCAACAAAACCAAUAAACCUUUAAC